GGAGCUGGGCGUUUGUGUGAUUACCAGCAUUCUCUCAAGUGCAGCUGCUCGGCCGAGUAACACUUCUUUAUAACAUGGGAGUUGAGCUGCCACUUCUCUGCUAUGUGUUUCACUCGCUUAUAGCUGGAGAUAAUAGAUGCCCUAUGUGCAUUGAACAAUGUCUGAGAACUCGAGCGACAGCGAGUCAUCAUGUGGCUGGACAAUUAUUAACCAUGAGGGUUCAGAUGUAGAGACGCUACACCCUCAGAAUGGUGAGCCAUACUAUGAUCUUGCAUCAGUGCUACAGUCACACAGUGGGGAGGUGACCAGUGUCCUCGCUCUGGAGCAAGCCACAGAUUGUGUGCAAGAGCCAAAGUAUGAAGGGCUGGAGGAUCAGAACGGUACCAGUGAAGGUGCUGUAGCUUGUGUAGAGAGCCAGCUGCUUGCUAAGGAGGAAACCCAUCCCGCUCCUGAGGAAUCAUUGCUCCAUGGUGUCUCUGCGGAACUGGAAGAUGUUCCCCCAGAUGAACUACAUUGUCAGGAGAAAGGGGACCCAUUGGCAGAUGGUCAGUGUGAGGCUGCAAGUGAUGACUCCGAUAUUGUUACCUUGGAAGUUGAAGCUAUUGGAGCUUUGGAGGAAGAAACCUCCUUGGAAGAACAAGUUGAGGACACUGGUGAUGUUAAUAUGAGUUCUUCCUUCAGUAGCCAAUAUGCUUUUGGCAAUCCAGAUACUGUCUUUUCUUCCCAACAUAGUGUUGAUGAGUCCAGCAAUGAUGAAGCAAGUGAUGAUUCGGGUCCUUCCCUGCGGCGCCGGCGUUCAAAGCGUCCUGCAUCGUCUCUAUGUGAACCAGAGAAUAUCCCUCCUAUACACCAGCCUGUUGCUCCUAAGCCUAGAGCACUCAUUCAACUGGGCAGCCUGAACAAGUGCAUUAUUCUUGCUCUGGUCAUAGCAACAAGCAUGGGCUUUGGACAUUUCUAUGGUACUGUUCAGAUUCUGGAACGACAAAAGAUGGUGGAGAAGAUACACGAUGAUGAACUGAAUGAUAUGAAGGAUGACCUGUUCCAGUGCCAGAAGGACCAGGAAGCUACAAUGGAGCAGAUAGAAGUAGUUGAGCAACUAACGGAAGACCUAGAAGAGAGACAAGAUAUGGUGUCAUCUCUCAAGGGCCUAAUGGAUAAAAUUACAAAAGAGAACCAGCUGCUUAGACAGAAACACACAGAGUUAAAGAUAGAAGCUGAUGAUCUUUCGACCAGUCUGACUACAACAGAGGUGGAGAAGAAGAAUCUUGUGGUGGAAAACAAGCAUCUACGGGAGUCGCUGGAGAAGGAGGAACAAGCCUUGUCUUCACUUCAAGAAGAGUUAAGGAAACUAAGAGAACAGAUCAGAAAUCUGGAAGAAAAGGGGAGAGGAGAGAUCAUGCUGUCUGAGAAUCAGAAGCUAAAAGCACACUUGAUAGAAGAGAAGCAGAAAGUGCGCAGCUUCCGUACUCAGAAGGAGAAUCUCUUAACAGAAGCACAAAAACUGAGGAGUGAGCUGGACAACGAGAGGCAAAUUACUGAAGCUUUAAAGGCACAGCUCGAGGAGAUGAGUAACAGAGAGUCCCCUGAAGCAGAAAAUAGCAUGAACAAAAAUCAAGAGAUCCAGCAUUUGAGGCAACGGCUUUAUGAUUUAGAAAAUAAACUUAAUUUUGAGCAACAAAGAUCAGAUUUAUGGGAAAGGCUUUACGUUGAAACCAAAGAAGAAAAGGAGAAGCUGGAAACUGGAAGUAUUCAGGACUCUAAAGAAAAAGAACAGUCCAAAAACAGCAAGGCAAGAGACAAAUCAAAGAAGAAAGCAAAGGAUACGUUCUUCAGUUCAGUCAAGGACACUUUCGAUGCCAUGAAAAAUUCAACAAAAGAGUUUGUGCGGCAUCACAAGGAGAAGAUAAAACAGGCCAAAGAGGCCGUUAAGGAGAACCUGAAGAAGUUUUCCGAUUCGGUUAAAACAACUUUCCGGCACUUUAAAGACUCUACCAAAAACAUGUUUGACAAGAACCGUUAUAAAAAAUACACAGAUAGGAGGAGGGAAGAGGCCAAGGAGGCAAACACUGUAAGACGUGAAUAUAAUCCCAACACCCAAGAACAUGGCCCUAAAAAGGCAACAGCCAUUCCGAAAGACUUCAAGCACACACGAGAUGCCUCAAGCACUGAAGAACAAAAUACUGGAGAAUCAGACACUGCUGCCAAGGAGAGCCGUGAUCAGCACUCUACAAAGAAAGGCUGCUCUGGGGUGUUUGAAUGCGCUCACCAAGAAUCCAUAAGUCUCUUCAAUAAGGUACUGGAUCCUGUGAGUGUGGAAGAAUUUCAUCAUUUAAUGCAGAUUUACGUACAGGGACAAGUGGCCAACUUCCGACACUGGAAAGAACUUCAACAGUUCAUCAAUAGAUUUUUCCAUAAUGGAGUUUUCAUUCAUGAUCAGAUGCUUUUUACGGAUUUUGUGAACGAUGUUGAGGAUUACCUGGAGGACAUGGAGGAAUAUCAGACGAAAAAUGGCGGAGUCUUUGAAGACCUUGAUGAAUUUGUCUACAAACACUUCUUUGGCAAUACCUACUCGAAUACAUUCGGACCAAGGAAACCUGAAAAGAAUCCCCUACAAAAGGAUCCUGAAGCCCAAAGAUACCGAAAGCAAGUACAGAAGAACAGCCAGUAUCGCUAUAGAAGGGAUGGUAAAUGGCAAAAACACGGGCGCGCCAAUGGGAGACACAUGGCAAACUUGGAAAUAGAACUGGGACAACUUCCCUUCGAUCCCAAAUAUUAAAGACACUGAGGCAGAUAGUAGGUCUAGAUGAUCUGAAAUUGCUUAUUGACCCCUGUAGAUGAUCCAUUCAGUGUGCUCUUCUUGUCAGUCACAUGCAGCUUCUCAUAAAGGGCAAAUCUAUCCUAUUUAUAAGUAAGUGGUUCUACUUUGUAUGUUUUCCUGCAGACAUAUGGUUUGGUGUGUAGGUUACACUGUACAUUCCUGCGCUGCAAAGUUUCAUUGGUUCAUGUUUCAGGCCUGUGUUGCAGUUCUUUGAAAUGACAAGUGCAGUGUGACCAUGACAAGUUCCAUUUCACUCAUAGAAUAAACUGUCCUAAUUAGUUACAUAAAUUACACCCUUCUCAUUUAUUAAGGGUAGAUAAACACCUUGAAAACGAAUAGGAUAGAUGUUGUGUUGAACAGUGUAUUUA